AUGCGUCCUACUACCUUGGCUCCCUUCGCAGCCUUCUCCGUGGCUCUCGCAGCCUGCGGAGAAACAGCCAUGUUGGUGUGCUACGGUAGAGACGGCGGCACCGCACAAAACCUCGACCCGGAAGAGAUCUCGUACGUGGCCGGAUACCUCCGGUACCUGGCCUCUGAAAGCGCCACUCCGGCCAUGUGGACCAUGCCCACUGAAUUUGACUGCGUGGAGUGGACGCUCCCCGUUCCUGGCGGCGGCACCGUCCUCGCGUUGGCUAAGCACAUCACCCCCCGCAUCAACUCGUCGGUCACGUACGAGGACCUUGCCCGCACCAUCGACGGCGGCGGUGAGGGCGCAUCCGAGGCCGACAUAAAGGAUUCCCUGCUAGGCGCCUGCGGCAGCAGCGGCGGCAUGGUCGGCGUCAAGGUAGAUGCCAAUGCGCCCGCCUAUCACACGCCUGAGUACUUGGCCAGCAAGGCGAGGCCCGAGGGCAUCAUUGUCAAGCUCGUUCGGAACCCUGAAGCUUAG